CCCAGCCCCGACGACGCGGCGGGUCCCCGGAGCGCCCCCUCCUCCGCGCCGCCUCGCCGUGCGCCUUGCCCAUGCUCCUGCCUACCUACCUGCUAGGUGUGACAUGUCAAGUUACCUACCGUGGGCUGCCCUUUCACCAAUCAACAACUGAAGCAUGUGAUCAGGAGCACCAUGGAGGGCGCAGAUUACCAGUUGCCUUCUGCCAACCCAGCCAGUGUGGUUCUGCCUUCUCCCUCCUCCUCCUCCUCCUCCUGCGAUGGAGCUGACACCCUGGCUUUCAAUGGCGAGCUGGACCUGCAGCGCUACUCCAACGGGCCAGGGGGCCCCGGGGGUGAGGCCCGCCCCUACCCUUGCCCCAUCUGCGGCAAGCGCUUCCGCUUCAACAGCAUCCUGGCCCUGCAUACACGCAUCCACACCGGCUCCUACCCUCUCACCUGUCCCUACUGUGGCCAUCGGGCGGGCCAGCGGGCCAGCCUGCGCCUCCACUUGCGCUCUCACUGCCCUGAGGCCCGGGCCCGCCUCAGCCACCAGAGCCGCCUGCUCCUGGAGCUGGAGGAGCGGGCGCUUCUGCGGGGCCAAGAGGAGGAAGAGGAGAAGGAGGAGGAGGAGGAGGGGGGCCCUGUUGCUCCUGUUCCACCUCCACCCAUGCCUACUUUCCGCUGCCCAUUCUGCAAGGGCAAGUUCCGCACGGCGGGCGAGCGGGAGCGCCACCUCCGUAUCCUCCAUCAGCCGUACAAGUGUGGGCAGUGCUCCUUUGCGGCCGCCCAGGAGGCAGAGCUGCAGUGGCACAACCAGCAGGCUCACGGCCUUCCUGCGGUGAGGCCACAUACCCCUCCUGCCCCUGUCGCCCCCACGAAGGCCCUGCCCGCCCCUCCGGCCUGCACUCCCGCCACACCUCCUGCCGCCACUCCGACCGAGUUCCGCUGCCAGGUGUGCGGCCAAGCCUUCACCCAGUCCUGGUUCCUCAAGGGCCACAUGCGGAAGCACAAAGACUCCUUCGACCACAAGUGCCAGGUGUGCGGGCGUGGCUUCAAGGAACCGUGGUUCCUCAAAAACCACAUGAAGGUCCACCUCAGCAAGCUGGGCCUCCAGAGUGAGCAGCGAGGGCCGGGGCCCGGGCCGGGGCCCGGGCGGUCAGCCCAAAGCCUGCUUGUGGGUUGCGAGGCACUGUACCCUUCACUCCUCUCCCCUCUGCCCACUGACAAGGCUGGCGCAGGGAAUUUCUUGGGCUACGGUGAUGCGAGCUGUGCGGAGCGCCUGCAAGCCACAGCGCGGGCUGUGGAGAGUGGCCAGCACUGGAGGGAGCGGCCGUACACAGGGGGGCCUAAGCUUGUGAGAGAAGACCCGGGAGGGAGCCAUCGCUGCCCGGACUGUGCCCGGACCUUCGGAACAUUCCAGCAGAUGGCCUUGCACCGGCAGAGCCACCAGCCCCGCGAGCGAGAGUGGAGCAAGGGACAGUCCUUGGGCUCUCAGCUUCCCGCAGGACACUGGCUGCCCGCAAACGUGCGUGCCUCGGCCGCAGGAAACAGCAACCCAGCUCUGCUGACCCAGGAGGAGAAGGAUAUGCAGGGGCAGUCGCGCCUGGAUGGAUCCCGAAGGGGCACAGGGAAAGAUUGUCCAUUCUGUGGAAAGUCCUUCAGAUCCUCCCACCAUCUCAAGGUUCACCUCCGGGUCCACACAGGCGAGCGCCCAUACAAAUGCCCUCACUGUGACUAUGCUGGCACCCAGUCUGGGUCCCUCAAGUACCACCUGCAGCGUCAUCACCGGGAGCAGAAGAGUGCCGCUGCUGCCGCAGCUGCUGCUGCUGCAGGAACACUGGAACGAUGCCACGUACCCCUGGCUCCCACGGCAGUCCCUGCCUUUCCUCCUGCACAGCUCGCCAAGAGCCAAGGGAAGUUCCUCCCUUUGGGGGGCUCGGGCACAGCUCGGUCCCGCCCAUCCCGCCGCAAGCCGCUGCUAAAUGGGAAGGCCGACUUCCAGCCCUUGGACCUGUCGCUGCGCCCAGCCUUGGCAGGAGGAGCACUUCACCGCUGCCAGUUCUGCCCCUUUGCCACCUCCGCUCCGGAGCUCAUGGAAUUACACCUUCAGGUCCAUCAUAGCCGAAAAGCUCGUACCCGCCGCUGCUCCCACACGGCCCCCAAGCCUCAGGUGGUGGUGGAGGAUGAGGUGCCUGAGCCUCAGAGCCCCCAGCUGAAAGGACCUGAGUCCCUGAGCCCAAAGGGGGAGACCACCAAAGCUCUGAACCUCUGGCAUUCUGAAGGCCAGGGGGAACCUCCCAGGCCUGAGUUGCCUCGAAGGAAGCGGAACCCCGAUGGAGCAAGAGUGGCCAGUCUCUCUCCUGGAGCUGUGCCAGCUCAGCAAGGCUGGGAGGGCCUGUCUCAGGACUCUGAGGAGCCAAGACCCAAGGAGAAGUUGCCAAGCCCCAUGAUCCAAAAGGGGUCUCACCAGGAGGCAUCCAAGACAGGCCAAGGCCUGAUGGAAUUGCAGUUGGAGCCAGUGCAGGCCUGAAUGUGUCUGCCUUGCACACAGAAAGCAGUUCUGAACCUGUUUAACUGUCGUGAUGACUUCCAACCAAGGGACCCUGGCAGCAGUAGCUCUAUUCCACGAAAGUCCUAUUCUCCAUUAAAGAAUCCUGAACACCUACAAAACUACAGUCCCCAGCAUUCAUGGGCAGGGGCCUUCGAGAGCCCAUAGCUUAGUUGUAGAGCAACAUGCUUUGCAUGCCUUAAGGUCCCAGGUUUCAUCCUUUAUAUCUCUAGCUAAAAGAGGUAGCAGGGCUCAGAACGCCCCCUGCUUGUGACCUUGAAUGGACACUGCCAGUUAAAGCAGACAGUAUGGGUCAAGGUGGACCAGUGGUCUGGCUCAAAUGAAAAGGCAGCUUCAUAAGACCAUUAAACCAGUUUCAGACCUGUUUACAUUUGUAGUGUAGAUGCGCAGAGACCAGGAGAGGGACCUCUUAAGAUGCUACCCCACAAAUGGUAGGGUCAUGUGCCCACCUGUGAGAGGUGCUGCCAUAGAAGGUAGUUGGGGUAUCAACUUUGACACAGCUUUCUGUUUUUAACAGCACUCACAAGUUCAGGUGGUGCGGAUGUUCUCUGUCGUGCAGCUGUUAAGAGCACAGGAGCCCCACCAUGAAAACUGGAUGGUGGGAUGGGGAAAGUUCCAACCCUGGGAGGUAGAAGAAAGAAACGGAUAUGGCAGAAGUAUGGGAUUUGUUAAGGGGCAGUAAUGCAGUGGCAGUCUUAAAAAAUCAAACAGGGUUUCAGGGUGAGGUGGUUGUGGUACGUUGGAUUCCAACCCCUUGUUCUCGCCUCAGUUCUGGGCUUGAGGCUGCUUCCUUUUGUUGCCACUGUCUGAGGAAUUGGGCCCUUAUAGGCCCUCGUUCAUGGCACUAAUGCAAGGCAGAGAGGUCCCAUGAGGGACAAGAUUCCUGUUUCAUACCUUGAAAGGUUUUGUAAAUGGAGAAUUUCUGCAUGAGCAGCUUCCCCCUCCAUUGUGCUACUAUGAAGAAGAAAGUUGAACUGGGCAAAAUUCUCCAUUGUCUACCUAUUCAUUACGCAGGAAUCCUGUCCCCGUUAGGCUGUUUACUCUGUCAGGUGCCACAGAGGCAGGGCAGGCCUCAAGAACCACUCUUGGCUUGAGGGAGCUUCCAAGUACCUGUAAUGGGACCUCAUCUCCACAGCAUCCAGGUGCCACGGUCUCUUGUGUGUGUAGCAAGUGACCCUGUACCAGUAUCUUAUCUCCGUAGUGACCUAGCAACAAAGCUUUGUUUCUAUAGUGACCUGGCACAUUGGGGAGCUUGACAACUUCUAGAGUUUUCUAUUUUUUUAUUGUUUUCUUGUAGAAAAU